AUGAGCAAAUCCUACGGCGCACUUUCCCCUUCAAAUGAAAAUCGACGGAGAUCGCUUUACACCGGCGAGUGCCUUGGGGCACGCUUGGUGCCACCGUGGAAUCAAACCAUUGGUUGCACCGAUCGUCGCGACAUCUUCACGCGGAUAAUGUCCGACAUUCUCCAUCGCCCCGGGAUUCCCACAUCUCGAGGCUGCAUCAGAUUCUGCGUUGGAGCGGCCCCUCUGAAACCCCAUUUCUCCUCCACGAGUGUAACUGGUUUGCAAGUGUACACUCCGCACACCUGCACUCCACGCACAUCUGACACCAUGGCCGCCACCGCUGCAUCCGCCAGCCUCAAGGCUUCCACGUUCGUGCAGCCUAAGCUCAAUGCCGCCUCCCUCAAGGCUGCUCCUGUCUCCCAGGCUUUCGGCCUGAAGACUGCCUCCGCCAAGGUGUCGUGCUCUGCGGAGGAGAAUGUGCGCGGCUUCGUGCAGAAGUGCGCUGAUGCCGGCAAGACCGCUGCUCUUGCCCUCGCCUCCACUGCCCUGGUCGCUUCGUCUGCCCAGGCCGCCAUCCCCAGGCUGACCUUCGACGAGCUCCAGAGCCUGACCUACUCCGAGGUGAAGGGCAGCGGCAUCGCCAACCAGUGCCCCAUCAUCGCCGGCGGCGUUGAUGGCUUCGCCUUCAAGUCCGGCAAGUACCAGGUGACCAAGAUGUGCCUGGAGCCCACCAACUUCACCGUGAAGGCGGAGUCGCAGUUCAAGGGCCAGGGCGAGGACUUCCAGAAGACCAAGCUCAUGACCCGCCUCACCUACACCCUGGAUGAGAUCGAGGGUCCCCUGGAGGUGGACGGAAACAACCUCAAGUUCACGGAGGUUGACGGAAUUGACUACGCCGCCGUCACCGUCCAACUCGCCGGUGGUGAGAGGGUUCCGUUCCUGUUCACCAUCAAGGAGCUUGUUGCCUCUGGCCCCGCCGACAACUUCGGAGGGUCGUUCCUCGUGCCGUCAUACCGUGGCGCUACCUUCCUUGACCCCAAGGGCCGCGGUGGCGCUCAGGGCUAUGACACCGCUGUCGCUCUGCCCGCCGGUGGUUUCGGCGAUGUGGAGAAACUGGAGAAGGAGAACCAGAAGAGCUACAAGUCCCUGAGCGGCAAUAUCAAGUUCAGCGUUGCGAAGUCGAAUGUUGAGACUGGUGAGAUCGGCGGUGUGUUCUCGAGCGUGCAGCCGUCGGACACAGAUAUGGGUGCCAAGGUGCCCAAGGAUGUGAAGAUCGAGGGCAUCUGGUACGCCCAGCUUAACUAA